AUGGAAGCCUUUCGUAACCUUCAUCGGUCGGCUCUUCUGUCCUACCCCGACUUGGAGUGUCUGCUACGAGAUUUGGAUGAUGUCGAGUUGACUGCCGAGCAUGCAAUGCGCAGCUUGCAUCGAGCAGACAUAAUCCUACGUGCAGUUCGCGGCGGCAAAAAGGAGCUGAGGAGCAUCGUCAUCCAACAAUUUCACGAAGUAAUCCGCCGAGAUGCGGAGAUGGCUCAGCUGCUUCCUCAUCCGCCUGUUCACAGCUCCCAGAUUGGUUCGUGGCUCCAAGACAUCGCCGCCCAAAUCCCCAUUUUCGUGUCGAUAGCGGAGUUGCAGCGUGUGCUCAAGAUACCUGCGCCUCCCACAGAGAUGUCCUCGCCAUUCCAGCGAGAGUGCAAGCGAGUGAGGGUAUGGGAAGCCACACUUCGAGACUCGUGGGAGAUAUUGGACGACAUCCCAGAAGCAGUCUUAUUGCUUCCUGAUCCCCGCGAUGAUAUACUAUCCAAGCGAGACUGGGAGCGAGCACUCUACGUUGGGCGCGCCUGUCUACGUGUUCUUGCCGAUGGAGAUCGUCGCGAAGGACAUAAUCUGGCGCUACGUGAAUGUCGCGAUGUGCUAAGCCGCUUUACCGCACUCCGCCAUCUACUGCCUGAUCCGGCUGAGGACAUCAUCUCUGAUUCUGAGUGGGCCAAGAUGUAUACCCGGAUCGAGCUGGAGCGAGUCAUCGACAGCGAGAUAGAUGAAGGGAAUUUGCGCCUAGGCGACAGUCAGGCGGCCGAGGCGCCGUCGGACGGGGCCGAGAGAGCGUCUCAGCCUCCGCCGAGCAAACGUCUUCGAGGGUUCCGCGCCUACUCCGACAUCCACGAGCAACGAGCUGCCGCCGCGGAUGCGGCCCCUGCACCAGCUCCUCCCGUUGCUCCUGGUGCAGCGGAGAAACUGAUCGACCAUAUUCACAACCAUGUCACUUGGCGCGACACUCAACUCCCGCAUGGACUGGAUCAGGAAGCCCGGGUCCUGCUCUCCAUGGCCAAGUACCUGUUGGAUGCCACCAUGGCGAACUAUGUGAUGUCCGCCAAGCACAAGCUAGGCUUGGCCAUGUUGAUCGAGAGUAAACUUUGGCGUGCUCACCAUAAGCAGGUGUUCCACUACGAGAAUGGGGCGUGGAUCAUGGUAACCGGACUCGAAGUGGAGGCGUGGGAUGCGUUGCUGGCCUUGGAGGGCCUCUUCAUUCAGCUUGCCACUAACCUCGAGGCUGAUGGGCAAGUCGUGGGGUGCUCCUGGACAGAAGCCGGGCCUCUUGUCAUGAACAUCGUGAACGCAUUGGUUCGGCAGGAUAACCAAGUUUCUUCUUCGCUCACGAAGGUCGCGAAGGAGCAAAGUGAUCAUUUGCGUCAGAAGACCUCCAACAAAGUCUGGCAGGCUAAGUGGACUCGUAGGAUCGCUGACAUGGUGGCCGCCUUCAGGAAGCAAUUGGAUUCCAAAGCCCACGCUGUGACCCUCACGAAGCUGUUUCUGGUGGAGUGGGAGACGCCGAUGCCAAGAGCCCAGGGAGUCUGCUUCGAGGAUGUUUAUCUCGAUGGGUCCUGGGCUAUCGCGCAGAAGUGUCCAGAGAAUGAUUGCUACCUCAAGCUCGACUACUGCUACCAUUACGAGAACUGCGUGGACCAGUACCCGGACGUGAACCCGGAUGAGUUCAGAACCAAGCUCCGACGCUUUCUGAUGUCCACGUAUCAUGAGAAUGCGCAUGGGUUCCAGAUCAAGCUAUGCUUCCUCCACGCAGCACUCCGCCGUGCCUGUACGUCCAAGAUGCUGUUUCUCCUAGGAAGUGGCGGGGACGGCAAGGGAAUGGAAGCCGUUCUUGAUCGGGCCUUGUUCGGCGAGUCUGGGAGCUCCACUCUUGACUGCGGAGUUUUCCUGGACCGUGGAGAAUUCCGAAAGUCGGGCGAGAUGGCAUGGAAUAAAUCGAACAUUAGGAUCCAGGAAAUGGACCACCAUGCCCGAUUCAUCGCGGACCUGUGGAAAAGGUUCGUUGUGGACGAAGAAGUUGAUUGUAGAGUCAACUACGGAUUCACGAGCAAGCGCCGCUUUGGCAUCUCUAUGAAGAUACAAGAACUCAACUAUGAAAAUAUCCCAGUCAUCGAGGAAUGCGGCGACAGACGGAAAUGCUGUGAGCAGCUCAAGCGAAGAGUCGCGUGUGUCCGGCUUGGCAAGGGUGUCUUCACAUCUGAUGAGACUCGCGUAGAUCCGGCCAAGGGGAUCUUCAAGUUGAUCCCACAGGACGAGCUCACGGCCUUCCUCUCGCAUCCCGUAACGGCUGCAAUUUACUUCAGAGAGUGGUGCUUGCCGUUCUUCUUGGAGAACUCCCUCCUGGACUCUCUGGGCAUGAUCAACGACCUUGGGUCCGUGAGCCCCGACCUCGAGAAUGACACCAUUUGGCUAGCCACCUGCUUAUCGGGAAACAAGACGCUUCCCCCGGGUGUCACAGAUGAGAAGAUCAAAGAGUCCAACGAGCUUGUCGAGCUUGUGCACGCAGCGACGCCCAUGAAGCGCAUCAUUAAAGAGUAUCUCAUCAUGAAGGUCGAGAGCUUACCCGGUUGUGCAUCGUCGACCAAGGGAAAGCGAACCAAGCUCACCAACUUCAUAGACGCCCUAGACCACACUGACGCGAAGCUUUUCAAGCAGAUGGACGCAGCAUGCUUCGCCAAGCUCCAGGUGGACUGGACAUCCAUGCAGACGUGCAUGGGAGAGGAGGGAGGCUCUGCGGUGUUCGGCACAUGGAAGGAUUGGUCCUGUCCUUUCGAUUUGGCACAUGCUCAAGAGAAAUGGGAUGCCAAGGCCUUCAUCGCGGACCAGGCGUGCAUGGAGGCACACAAAGCCAGUGGCGCUGGCGUGAUUGCUAGCGUUAGCUCCACAGUCGUCACUCUUGACGAGGUUGCGGACGUACAGGCCAUGAAACAGUACAUGCAGCUGAAUGUGGACCGGCGACCAGAGAUGCUCCGACAGUACGUCGAGCGCCAUGAGAACUAUGGUCGUCAGGAUGGCUCUAAGUCCACGAUCUCUGUGGAAUAUUAUCAACAGAAGCAUUACGGUCGCUACAUGGGCAGGGGUCCGUCCGGCCAGAAGCUCACCAAGGAGGCUCGGAAGAUUGCGUUUGGCGCAAUCUGUGCAGAGGUGGAUGCCGCCUGCUGUCAUCCACGCCUCCUAGCAAGGCGACUCAAGAAGUUGGACCUCUGGGAUCCGACAAAGUACGCCAUGCUCGACCUCUUCGUCAACAACUUCGCUGCGUGGCGUCGGUGCUUGGCGAAGUACAUGGACGGCUCCAUCACGGACGCAAAGACGGAGCUCAUCAGGAUCUUCUAUGGAGGAAGGCCAAGCAUCCACGCGCCAUUCCUCCUGAAGCUAUGCCAGGAGGUUCAAACGGCAGCUGAAGCGCUCCUGGGUCACCACACUGCAUCCGCGUGGAAGAACCUGUACUCAGACCGGCUAAAUCCGGAAUUCUCCAGACUGUCGGCUCUGUUGUCUUUCGAGGAAGCAGAGAUGCUCACGACCUUCACCCGCUGCUGCUCGGCUUCGAUGAACGUCCUCAUCUUCGACGGCGCCUACGUGGUUACAUCGUCAUUUGCAGCCGAGGUGGAUAUGAUCAUUGCGUGUGACAAAGUCUCAGAGGAGAUCAUUCCCAUGGAGGUCCAGUCGUGGGCCCAUCUUGUGCAGCCCAAAGUCCUCCCACAUGCAGCGCUUCGUCGAGGCGCAACUGUAGACCACAAUUCUGGAGCACCUGUCACGCAGAAUUGUUUGCUUUAUGCGUUCUCCUGCGUGGCACCGGAUGUGGACAUGGAGGCACUCCAGGCCAAGCUUUCCUCGACCGACCAGAUGAACGCCAUGGAUUUGAACAUGGCUCUUCAGCAGUUGGCCGUUUCCCGCAAAUAUAUGAGACUGGUGCACGUGGACGGCAGCAGCAUGGUCGAGAGAUCAAACGCUGUAUGGCUCUGUCACCAAGCCGUCAGCGAGGGUCACGGUCACUGGUGGGCAGCUCUCUUCGCGGACACCGGAGGUGUUGCCCUCAUCGACGCCUGGACUCAGCGCAGACAUCUGUGGUUGGCCUUUGAAGAUUUCCAGACGCUAUUUGAGGAAACCGACAACGUGACGUGCUUUCACCUGACCGAGCAGGACGUCGAGAAUGCGCUCCCAGAGACACCGGAGUAUCUGCUUCGUGGAAACGGUCCCCGCCCAGCUUGCGCGCCCUCAGCCAUUGUCCCCACAAAGAAGCAAGUGGCUACUGCUCACAAAUCAUGUAUCGAGUGUGGCGCUGGAUUGUACGCGGAGAAGCAGAUUGAUGCUCGCGUCUACACGUUGAGCGGUGUGGAGUCAGUUCAGCAUGUGCAGAUGCGCUGCACGCAGAGGUCCUGCCGCACCUACCACCAUUACAACUACCGUUGGGUGGACGGGCGCAAGGUCAACAUCUGCAGGAAUUCACAGCUCGACUAUGUCUUUGUGAAUAGCAAGACGGGCUUCAGCCGUGCAUUUCUCGACUACCACGCCGCGCUUCAAUUCCGAGGGUGCAUCAGCAACAACGCUAUUGCGUGGGCCCAGGCUGAGACCCUUUGGCUGAACGAGAACGAGCACACCCGGUGGCCACGUGAAUACGCAACAGCCGCGACGUACUACAGCAUCAUUCAAGCGGCUGAGGAGAUGUGGUCUGAAGAGCCACCCAAAUCCUUCCUGCAGAAGUUGCACGCUCUGGACAUCGAGGACCCCCUGGCCGAUGACUUCGUCCAGAGCUACUCAGAAUGGUGGCAUGCGCAUCAUCUGUCCAAUGCCGAGCGGAGACGCAUCCGUGAGGUCGUGAUGGAUGGUCAUGAGAAGAUAUCGACCAAGUGCUCUACAACUCCCCCUGCUCGUGUCGGACGGCCGCGCAAGGAUGGCCGCAUCAAGCAGCGCCAUAACGGCUGGUUCAUGAGCAUCGAUCCUUCUAGCGGCCUCAUCCUCGCAGUACAGGAGAUGCUUCAGCCGGAGGACACUCAGGUCAUGUUGAAGGUGCUCAAGGGAACUCUUGAGCAAGCCCCCAACGUGGACUGUGUCAUUUAUGAUCGUGUCUGCCGGUGCAUGAGCGCGAUUCAGAAGCAAAAGGAGCUCAAGGGGAUCAAGUCAUGGUGCGUGGAUCGCUUUCAUGCUCGCGGACAUUCCGACCGUUGCCCAUGCUCCCCUCUCAACGUGAAGCGGCUUGACACAAGGUUGAAGGGCGUCAACACAUCUGUGGCAGAGCAGACGUUCUCCUGGUUCAUUGGAUACGCAGCGACCUUGAACACAAAGGCCCGGGAGACCCACAUCUUUACUGUGCUGCGCUAUGUGAACCGCCACAACGACCUGGUCAGGAGCAAGUACACGCUCCAUUUGAACCCCUUCAGCUCCCAUCGUCGUGUCGCAAAGGCUGCCGGCAUCUGGAAGAAGCCCGCAAGUCACAAACACACGUGCCGCAGACCGGCUUCCUCGUCCAGCCGUUCUAGCCCGGCAACGCCGUGUCCAUCUCUUCACCGGAGGCCUGCCUCUUCCACGCACAAGGUCAAGAAGGCAUACCUCAAAAACUCCAAGUGA